UAAAUUGGAUUUUCAAAAGAAAAGAUGUUAUUUGUAGUUUAUGCUUAAACUUAAAACGCGUGUGUAAUUAAAAAAAUAAAAACGAAAAGUUAACAAAAGAUAUUAUAAACUAAACAACAAAUUAAAAUUGUAUUCUUCAAUAGCAGCAGCAUCAUCAUCAUCAUCGUCUCAUUAAUCUUAGUUUUUUAUUAAUUAAUGUGUGUUUGGCGACCGUUUGUUUGUGCAUGAUUAACGGUUAUUUGCAAAUUUCUCCAUGUAUAGUGUUUUUUAUAAAUUCGAUAACAGGACACAGCAUUUAAUAUCACUAAGUUACGAUGGCAUCACGUAACGGUAAAAAAUCAUCGGGUUUACGUAUGCUUUGGAUACCAGGCGGUCGUAAAAGUCAUCCCAAGGGACGUUACGAUGCAACAAAUAAACAAAUUUCUUAUACGACCAGACAGAAAAAAAGUGAAGUUUGGUCUUUGGGUGGCAGUAAAGCACAAAAAGAUUUGCUGCAAGCAGAUCCUGAUACAACACUUUUAGAUGGUCCUUCUACAUCCGGUUUAUCGUCAUCAUUAGCUGCCGCUACGGGUGCUACAGCUGUUGCUGCAGCUGCUGUCACCAACGCACAAUGUUUGGAAUCUCAUAAUUCACCUGAUACAACAAGUGAAAAUUUAACUUUAUAUAAUAAUCAACAACAAAUUUCACCCACCACUACAUACAGUUCCACAUCUACAGCACCUUUAAUCUCACCCUCACAAUCUCCAUUGGAACUUAGUAAUUAUUCGACACCGUCCUUAAUAAAUAAUAAUAAUACAACUCCAACUACUCCAACCACAACAACAAUGCCUGCUAAAUCUCAUCAACCUAUACCAGUUAUAGUUACUACCACCACUACCGCCGAAAUAAUGGAGGAUACAAAUUCUUUACAGGAAAAUCGUUUUUCUCUAUUGGCCGGCAAGGAUAUUGUUACAAAUGAAUUGGAUAUUUAUACAUUACCAUCACCGCCUACAACUAAUUUGAAUUCACAAGAAAACUUGAAUCAUUCGUCUGGUACGACUGUUUCACAAAUAACGCCAUCUGGAUCUCCUCACAAACUCAAUAAUGGUUCGCAAAAUGGUUCCGUUAACAAUUCGCCGGUAAAGAAAAAACAACAACAUAGAAAUCAUAAUAAUAAUCAGGGAGAUGUUAAUUCGAUUGAAAGUAUAACAGAAGAUACUGUUAGUGAAAAAAUUCCAUCCGCUAAUUUAGAUUGGAUCGAUGCAGUGGUGCAGGAACGACAAGAUCGUGAGAUUUUAGCUAAACCGAAAAAGAAGAAAAAGAAAAAAAAUGUCAAAGAAUUAGAUCAGCUGGAUGGUGUGCCCAUGAAAGAGAGCUCAACAGAUGCGGCAUCCGUUAAGGAGGAAGAUGAAAAGGUAGUAAAAUGUCUCUAUUAUACAUUGAUGUGUUGUGAUUGUACAAUUUCGUAGACAUUUCCUAAUUAUUAUUAUUACGGUAAUAUUGAGAGAAAAAGAAAAAAACAAAUUGCAUUUAAUUUUUUUUUUUUUUUGUUUUUGUUUAAAGAAAAACAAAUUCAAUUUUGUUUUUAAAAUGACUGAAAACUUUAAAAGCAAAAUAAUAAAACUUAAAUCAAAAUUAAAUUUAAUAUUACUUUAAUAUUUACAAAAAAGGAAAGCAACAAAAAUAUUUUUAUAAAAAUUUUAUAUCUAAAAUAAAAGAUAUAUUAUUAAACUUAACUAAACAUAAAAAAACAUACAUGCCAAUUCGUAUUUGUAAACUUAAAAUUCCUAAUAAUUAUUUAACAUUUUAGUAGAUUUUUUUUACUAAAAAGAAAGACAUAGAAACAAUAUAACGCAUAUUAAUAUUAAACAAAAAAAAAAAAAAAAAAAAAAGAAAACCGAAUUAUUACUUAAUAGUUUUUUUUUUAAUAAUUUAUAAAUUUAUAUACAAACAAACACUUUAAUAUAAAAUAUAUUUAACAACAAUCUUAAUUUUUAAAAACCUGUUUAACUAAUUUAGUUGUAAAAUUAGUUUUGAACGGAAUUUAAAAAAAGUUAUUUGAAAUAACGAAAUAAACUAAUUUUAAAUAAAAAAAAAGAAAUUUAAAAGUUUUACAAUUUAUAAAAAAACAUGCAUAUUUUUGAUAACAAAGUGUAAUUGAAACUAAAGUAUUUUUUUAAAUUUUGUAUUAAUAUUUUAAUGAAAUAUUUAUAGUUCUUUAAGACAUUUACACUUUUAACAUAAAAAAGAAACAUUACAAAAAAACUACUUUAAAUGUGUAGUGAUGUCGCCGCCGCUAUAAAAUCUUAAUUAAUAAAAGACAUGGAAAUGAAAAAAAU